UCGAGUGUCUGCUUUGCAGUGACUCGUUAAUACUUGUCUCAGUUCCUGUUUCCUGCUCAGCUCCAACGAUUCAUUUCACUUUAACAGCGACAGUUUGGAUCACUAUGUCUUUAUCCGUGACAUCUAGAAUGAGUCCUAUAAAGAAUAAACAUCUCUUGGUUUUGCAUCAUGUUGUUGUCGUCCUCCUUUUUCUAACACAAUCUUGUGGUGGUCAGCAUCAGAUGAUUGGUCCAACUAAGCCAGUAGUGGCCAUGAUUGGUGAUGACAUCAUUUUGCCAUGCCACCUGGAACCUGCUGUGGAUGUUGUUGACCUGACUGUGGAUUGGUCCAGAAAUGACCUCAAACCUAGAUCUGUCUAUGUGAGGCGAGAGGGUGUGGAGCUUCUGACUGAGCAGAAUCCUUUGUACACAGGAAGAACAUCACUCUCUGUCAACAAACUGCAGUGUGGAGACGUUUCAUUGAAACUCUCCACCGUGCAACUCUCUGAUGCAGGAACAUACAAAUGCCUUGUACCUAAAUUUAAUGCAGAAACUGUGGUGACGCUUGCUGUAGGUUCAGUUUCCUCACCAGUCAUAGAACUCACCAAUGUCAAAAAUGAAAUGGUGUUAGAGUGUAAAUCUAAUGGCUGGUAUCCAGAGCCUCAGAUGUUGUGGGUGUACAGUGAGGAAAAACUCAUUUCUGUUGAUCCUACAAAGAAUGUCAGAGGUUCUGAUGGGCUCUAUUCUGUCAGCACUAAAGUGACUGUGGAGAAAGGACAGAGCUACAGCUUAACCUGCAAGGUUCAACAGAAGAAUAUCAGUCAAAUCAAAGAGGCACACAUCCAUGUUUCAGGUGAUCUCUUUAUGGUCCAGUCUAAUACUGCUGUUCACAUUACCGUCAACUUGGCUGUCUGUUUAAUAACCGUCGGGACAGCAGUAAUCCUAAUAUGGAAAUGUGGACAAAAGAAAACCAAAAUCAGUAUACAUGAUGAGGAUGAAAAUGAACUACAUCAAACAGAGAUGGAGGAAAAAUUACAGAGAGAAAGUGAGGAAAAGAAAAGACUUGAAGAUGAGUUGCAGAACAAGGACGAAGACUUAAAACACGUCAGACAAACCAUUGAAAAACUGAUGGAGCAGAAGACAUUUCUGAAGAACCAGAGAGAAAAACUCAUCACACUACUGCAGGAGGACAAGACAGAGAUGAAAGAGGCCGUGAAAAAG